UUAACCUCGUACGAAAGAUGGCGGAUGACGAUGUAAACGGGGAUUCGGACGAUGUGCAGCAGGAGAAGUCGCAGAAGAAAGCGGCCAAGUAUGACAGCGGUGCAGCUGAUUUAGAAAAAGUGACCGAUUAUGCCGAAGAGAAAGAGAUCUCAUCGUCUGAUGGAUUUUCCUGCGCCCUCAGCAUAAUCGGCGAUCGGCGCGACAAAGAGGCUGCAGAAAAGAAGGCGAAGGAGAAGGAGCUGCUCAAAGUAUCUAUUAAGAAGGAGGAUGUCGAUUUAAUCAUGAAAGAGAUGGAGAUUAGUCGGAUUUUGGCUGAACAGACUCUCAGGGAACACAGAGGUGAUAUUGUAGAAGCAUUAAUUACGCAUGAACAGCAACAAUUAAUAAUAAUGACACAGAUUGGAAUUGCAAUGCUAUUCGGAUUAGGCAUCAUAGGAUUGAUUGCAUUUUACUGUAAAUUGUGUACCAAACCACUCCAAACAUCAUUGCGAACGCGCAGAAGACACGUGCACGAGGAAGGUGACCUAACGACAUAUUGCAGCACCAUUGAAGGUCAGGAGAGACCACCAUCAUAUAAUGAAGCUGUUCGCAACGCUUCGUCCACCAAUACGUAUUCCGACAAUGCUCCCCCUCUUUAUGGGUCUCCCUACAACAGGACGUCCAUGUCAGAAGCUCCACCGUCGUAUCCAGGAACGCCGAAAUCCCAAGAAAAGAGUCUCCAUCAAAAUUCCAACGAGCCUCCUUCGUCUCCCAUUGUUCAGCAUAUGUAACGAUACUCUCACAAA